GUUGAGCGGAGGGGUAGGGCGAUAAACAGGCUGUGGCUAGACUGGAGGGGGAGGGGGUGGUUGCUACUCCGGUGCUUCUCAUGCCUCGUUUUUCCUUUCGGUGUGGUUUGGUCCGGACGCAGGGUCCUAGCAGCCGGCUUGAGCUUACUCCUUUGCGAAAAGGGAAAGAAGCUACUGCGGAAAGCGGUUAAAGUUGCGAAGUGGGAGUGAGACGGGAGUUUUCCCCCAUGCCGGGCGAAUGGUGCGGCCCUGAGCUGGUCUAGGAGCCGGCUGGACGUGUCUGAGGGAGGCCCCUGAGGGGGCGACGCGGUGGCCCGCAGAAAGCCGGUUCUGUGAAAAGACGUGGGGAAGGUUCGAUUCCGAGAAGAGGAAGAGCCGCAUUGAAAGGGAGCCAGGCCUCUGAGGGGGAGGGGGCUGCCAAGAUGGCGUCGGCCUCCCCUGCGCCGUCGGCGGUCGGGUUUUCGUCUUCUGAUCCCGGGGUCCCUUCCUGUGCCUCGACUUCAGCAGCGUCUGGAAUUAAGAGACCCACGGCAUCUGAGGUCUUAGUAUAUGGACAAGAUACCUCUUUGGUGCCUUAUACCUCUGGCAUGCCCAUCAAGAAAAUAGGCCACCGGGGUGUUGAUUCCUCAGGAGAGACAACAUAUAAAAAGACAACCUCAUCAGCCUUGAAAGGAGCCAUCCAGUUGGGCAUUACUCACACUGUGGGAAGCCUGAGUACCAAACCUGAGCGAGAUGUCCUCAUGCAAGAUUUCUACGUAGUGGAGAGUAUCUUUUUCCCCAGUGAAGGAAGCAACCUAACGCCUGCUCAUCACUACAAUGACUUUCGUUUCAAGACAUAUGCACCUGUUGCCUUCCGCUAUUUUCGGGAGCUAUUUGGCAUCCGGCCUGAUGAUUAUUUGUACUCCCUCUGCAGUGAACCACUGAUUGAACUCUGCAGCUCUGGAGCUAGUGGUUCCCUCUUCUAUGUGUCCAGUGAUGAUGAAUUCAUCAUUAAGACGGUCCAACAUAAAGAGGCAGAGUUUCUGCAGAAGCUGCUUCCAGGAUACUACAUGAACCUCAACCAGAACCCUCGGACUUUGUUGCCUAAAUUUUACGGACUGUACUGUGUGCAGGCGGGUGGCAAGAACAUUCGAAUUGUGGUGAUGAACAAUCUCUUACCCCGGUCAGUCAAAAUGCAUAUCAAAUAUGACCUCAAGGGCUCAACCUACAAACGACGGGCUUCCCAAAAAGAGCGAGAGAAGCCUCUCCCCACCUUUAAAGACCUGGACUUCUUACAAGACAUCCCUGAUGGUCUUUUUUUGGAUGCUGACAUGUAUAAUGCUCUUUGUAAGACCCUGCAGCGUGACUGUUUGGUGCUGCAGAGCUUCAAGAUAAUGGAUUAUAGCCUCUUGAUGUCAAUCCACAACAUAGAUCAUGCACAACGAGAGGCCCUAAGCUGUGAAACACAAUACUUCGUUGACACUCGCAGACCAGCCCCCCAAAAGGCUCUCUAUUCUACGGCCAUGGAAUCCAUCCAGGGCGAGGCUCGACGGGGUGGCACCAUGGAGACCGAUGACCAUAUGGGUGGCAUCCCUGCCCGGAAUAGUAAAGGAGAAAGGCUCCUGCUUUAUAUUGGCAUCAUUGACAUUCUGCAGUCUUACAGGUUUGUUAAGAAGUUGGAGCACUCUUGGAAAGCCCUGGUACAUGAUGGGGACACCGUAUCGGUACAUCGCCCAGGCUUCUACGCUGAACGGUUUCAGCGCUUCAUGUGCAACACAGUGUUCAAGAAGAUUCCCUUGAAGCCCUCUCCUUCCAAAAAGUUUCGGUCUGGCUCAUCUUUCUCUCGGCGAGCAGGCCCCAGCGGCAACUUCUGCAUUACUUACCAGCCAUCGGUCUCUGGGGAACACAAGGCACAAGUGACAACAAAGGCGGAAGUGGAGCCAGGCGUUCACAUUGGUCGUCCUGAUGUUUUACCUCAGACUCCACCUUUGGAGGAAAUAAGUGAGGGCUCGCCUCUUCCUGACCCCAGUUUCUCACCUGUAGUUGGAGAAACAUUGCAAAUGCUAACUACAAGUACAACCUUGGAAAAACUUGAAGUUGCAGAAUCAGAGUUCACCCAUGUGAGUGUCUGGGAUGUGGGGGAGGUAAAUGCUUUGAAGGGAAUAAAGAGAAUCACUGAUGAAAUGGAGCAAGAAGUUAAAUCUUGCUUUUUUGAACAUUUUGUGCUUUUGGUACCUUACAGUUGGAAGCUAAGGCUGAAAUAGAAGAAAACUUAACUUUGCCAGCCAGGUUGAAAUUAACCUGAAUUUCAUUCCUACCUUAUCUCAUACUCCACAUCCUUAACUUUACACCCUUUUCCUUUUUCAGUGAGUGGAAAACCUCAGAAGACCUGGAAUAAGAUUCUACCGUCUCUGUGAUCCAAGAUGUCAGUCCUUGCUUCAGCAAUGCUGAAUUUUCUUCUUGGUCAUCAAAAAAGGAGAUAAUGGAAGUGCGUGGAGCUCUCCAUCACUUUUCUGAAGAAGAACCUCUUCUCCUUCCCCUUCCUCAUGAAUGGGCAUCAGUGCCUUGGACAGUUGAAGACAGCAGCAUCCCUUCCACUCUAGAGUUGGGUGGCACGAAUUUUCAACUGGCUAACCUUGGCUUCUGCAACUGAAUAUUUUUUUCAAACCCCCGUUCUUUAUGCUGGAAGUAGAGUUGCAAGACUUGACGGUUUUCUUCCUCCUCAUCUACCUUUCACCAGGAGCUGGACUCUUAGUUUCCUCAGGAUAGACUAGCUGGCACAUUAUCCCCACUUCAGUCUUUCUCUCUGGUACCUGAAAGAAGACCCCUUUAAACUUUGUAAAGGUUUUUUUGUGGGGGAGUAUGGGUGUUUAACCACCUCCUAACCUUCUUCUUUUUUUUUUCCCCCUUAAAAAAGGAAAAGAACAAACAUUACACAAUUUCAAGCUAGUUUCAGAUCAAAACUUUAGAAGUGUUGAAGAGAUGCCUAUGACCUAUUCAUAGGGUUCUCUCAGAAGGGACCUGGUGUUUAUGAAGCAGAAGUGUGGUGGUUGCCAGGAGCAGCUCCUCUUUAACAAAUCCUCUCUUGAUGAAUUUCUUGCAGGCUGAAGGAAUGCAGAGAGGAGACAUGGGGUAAUCUUUAUCCCUUUUGUUAAAAUGGUAGAGCAGUCAUUGGGCUGAGAUAUCAGAGCCCUUCCUAGGCAGGAGCCUACUCAUUGCCAGGCCAUAAUGAUUAUUAAUAUUUUGCAAUUUGAAAUAUAUGCUGGUUGUUUUUCUAAAUAUGAAGACUUAAUCAAAUGAAUUUUAGAUCAUUCUCCAAAGGAGAUUUUUUUGCUCUUCCCAUCUUUUCCAGCAGUGUUCUGCUGUUCCUGGAGCUGAGGCGGAGAGGGGGACACCUGUGUCUGUUUAACAGGCAGUCCAUAUCUAUGAGACUAGAGAAUAUUUUCUUAAAUUCAUGGAGAGCCAGCAGAUUUUUGCCUUGGUGAGGUCAUUGCUGUGCCACAUGUCCUGCCCCUUGUCUUCAAGCAGGGAAGUUGGAAAUGGGGGCUACAUAAGCUUUCUCCUCCCCAUCUCCAAGAGUUAUGGUCCUCCAUCUGAUCCUUCCACUCUUGUCAGGGGAAGAAGGGGGCCUGGUGUCUCAGGCAGAUUGUUGAAUUCCCAUACUAUCCCUUCCCCAUCCCACCCUACCUUGAUAGUAGGUCAGCCCAUACUCCAAAUAACUGUCUAUAUUAGACACCCUCAGCCAGUUUCUGGCUGCCUGUCUUUGCUGCCAUGUUCUUUUUUACAAGAAAGAAAGAAUUCUUGCUAUUUUUUUUUUUUUUUUGUAAUUUACUAUUUAUGAUGUAUUUAAGUGUUUUAUUCAGGACAGAGUUCUGUAAGGGGUGGGAGGGAAUAUUUGAGGGAGGGCUGGGUCUUAGGGAAAGGAAUGGGGAAUCAGCAUUUUUAUGAGGUGUCACUAUUUGCCUCUACUUUGUAUUGUUCAGAAAUGGCGAAUGCAGUAUAAGUGAUAAAUAUCUGGUUUUAAUGUAUUAAACUUUAAUCAGUUAUUUAGA